AUGGAAAGGUUGCUCCCAGUGUCAAAACACGGCCGAUCGACGGAUUAUCGUGAAGCUACGAAACACGGGACUGGAAAAGUGGGUAGCUUCGGGUUAUCGGAUGAAGUGAAUGAAGACGAAGAGACUGUUACGGUGGUCGACGGUGUGGUGGACGGAAGGCCGGUGGGGCGAGGUGAAAAUGAAUUUUUGAACGAGGAUGAAGAAACCCGCGGACCGUUGAAUGACUCGGGGCUCGGUGAAAGGGGCGACGUAAAAGAGGAUUUCUCGCGAGAGGUGAAUGGGGAAUCGAUGAAUGAAGGCGGGACGAAGCGAAGGUACUCCGAUGACGUGGGUCCACGGGUUUUGGAGAAUCUGAGGGAGAUUUUGCAGGGUGAAAAUACUGACGAGAAUAAUGGAGAUUUGGUCGAAAUAGAAAGUACUGAUUCUUCGGGACAAUAUUUAUAUUCUUUGAGAGACGAUUUAGAAUAUCACGAAAGCAUAGACAAUAGCAAGAGGAUGAUACUUGCAAUAUCUUCUAGUACUUCAAACGAUCAGGAAUCAACAGUCGAUAGACGUAGUGAAAAAAAGCAACAGUUCAAUUCGAACGAAGACAGUGAAUUAAUCCAUGGAAAUGGAAGAAGUGCAAACCUAGACUAUUUUAAGUGGAUCGAUAAUCACGUUCAAAGUUUCAAAGAAUCGUCCAUUUCCGCCAAUUCUUCCGUAGAGGAAGCAUCCGAGGAAGAAAGUUCGAACAGCCGAGAAGACGAAUCGGUCGUAGAAUCCUUCGGAUCCCCUCCAUCGGUAGCAGGAACCACGCGACGGUCCGUUGGAAUGCAAAAGGACGGAGGGAUUUUUUUUCGCCGGGAACACGGACCAGCUCGAUCUUCCGCAAAGACGCUGGGAUCGUUCGGAAGUCGUAAAAAUCGUCCGAGGGAACGGGACCGCGGAACGAUCCUCGAAAGUGGAGGACGCCGUGAUUGGUCGCCCCAGGCUGUUGAUCCUUCCGUGGAUUUCCGUGCGGAACGGGAUCAAAGUGACGGCGGUACGUUCGACAGGCACGAAACAACGGAUCGAGAUCGUGAUCUUUUGAUGUCGUCGUUUGGCGAUCGUGUAAAGAUCGAGGAGGAAGGAUCGAAAGUUGUAACCACGAUACGAAAAAAUAAAAACGAAACGUUGUCAAUGAACGAAGGGUUCCAUUCACAGGAUACAGCCUCGAGUAUUCGAAGAAUGGACGAUGAUAAACGUGCGUUGUUUGCAGGAUCGAUCGAUCAGAAAUCGUCCCUAUUAUUCACUCGUGACGGUGAUCAACGUGAGAAUAAAUUUCGCGUUCGCCGAAAGAGAUACACGAAUUAUUAUUCGCCGCAGCCCGUCACCCCCAUGGCGUACGUUCACAUACAACCGGCGUAUCCGGUGGCUGCGACUCCACCCGCGAACCGGAAGUGCGUACGGUGCAUGGUGGUGUACAAGCCGUGUCCUAAGCAACCGAGGCCGCCACCCAGGAUCGUCUUUCCGAAUUACAGGUAUCAGGAACCCGCUUCGAACUGGCAUGGACUGAAAUAUGGUUGCCGAUGUGAUCAUCUUGGAUCGAUAACGACUGCCUGUGACAUCGUAACAGGACAGUGUCAAUGUAAAGCACACGUGAUUGGUAGACAAUGCGACCACUGUAUGGUUGGUUUCUGGGGAUUAACGACAGGAGCAGGAUGCGCUCCUUGCGAAUGCGAUCCUUUCGGGUCGUACAAUUCUUCUUGCCACGACACUACAGGACAGUGCCACUGUAAACCAGGUGUUGGUGGUACGCGUUGCGACACCUGUUUACCUGGAUACUAUGGAUUUUCUUCUAACGGCUGUCAAGUUUGCGAUCCAUGCGUGCGACCCGGUCACAUCUGCGAUCCUGAUACUGGCCGUUGCAUAUGUCCAACGUUAACGUUCGGCGAACACUGCGAUCGAUGCAGGCAAGGAUCCUGGGAUCUGGUCCCAGGAAUCGGUUGCAGGCCAUGUGAUUGCACUCUGGGCUCCACGAAACCCCAGUGCGAUCUUCAAGGACAAUGCCCUUGCAGGAUAGGCUACGAUGGACUUAGAUGUGAGAAGUGCUCGAAGGGUUACUAUGGUUAUCCAAGAUGUCGGCCUUGCGGCUGCGAUUCAGCAGGGACUCUGCAAUGCGGGAACGGAAUUUGCGAUUGCAACAAUGAUGGCCAAUGCCCGUGCAAGGAACACGUGUCUGGAAGACAGUGUAAUCAGUGCAGAGAAGGUACUUUCGGUCUAGCGACGAACAAUCCAAGAGGUUGUACCGAGUGCUUCUGUUUCGGGAGGACAACUUCUUGUGAGCAAGCAGGUUUCGGCUGGGGGCAACGAAGAUUAGCACGACCGCGAACGCUUUAUGUGAAUGACACCAUUAAUGAUAUAAUGGUUUCUAAAUACAGAUCUCAAUAUUUGUUGACGCCUUUAAAUGGUGGUUUGAACGUGACCAGUGGACUAUCGACAAUUCCCGACAACGAAGGCGACGUCACGAUACCGUCCAAUUUAUAUUACAACUAUCCACUCUAUUGGAUGUUAUCCGAGCCAUUCCUUGGCGACAAGGUCGUUUCCUACGGAGGAUUUUUAAGAUUUACAACUUUGACAGAAGGUGGAAUACCUCUGAGAUCGACCCUGCAAUAUCCAGCGGUGCAAUUGCAAGGGAACAACAGAAUUGUCUUGGAAUAUUAUUUGCCUGUACCUGUGACUAACAAUCGCUACGAGAUCAGAUUCCAUGAAUCCUUAUGGCAGCUACAAAACAGGCCAGAUUACAAAGUUACGAGGGAAGUCCUAAUGGUUGCGUUACAAAAUGUGCAAUACAUUCUCGUGAAAGCUUCAGAUAAUGCGGAAUUUUCCACAGCGACUUUACUCGAGGCUUCUAUAGACGUUGCAAUUCACACACCUACGCAUACGCCGUCAUUUGCGACGGGGGUCGAGAUUUGCAAAUGUCCACCCGAAUAUAACAGCACAUCCUGUCAGGAUCCAAGCAUUGGAUACUACAGGUGGUACCAGAACACAACUGUAACGUCGACGAUCGUUAUUGAUCUAGUUGGACAAGCCAGACGCUGUCAGUGUAAUGGAAGAUCGGAGGUCUGUGACAGAGAAACGGGAUAUUGUCUGAAUUGCCGGGGAAAUACCGCAGGACCAAGAUGCGACGUCUGCGCAGACAGUUUCCAUGGACAUCCGGAUUUCGGUGGUUGCAAGGCAUGCCCUUGCCCACAAACGGAUAAGAGGUUCUCGAACACCUGUAUGAUCCGCGCCGAUACUGAGCCUCUUUGCGUUUGUAAACCUGGUUACACUGGCAGAAAAUGCGAACGAUGUUCUUCCGGGUAUUACGGAUUUCCGGACCUCCCUGGCGGUAAAUGCAUUCCGUGCAACUGCAAUCUUGCUGGGAGCGUGAGCGACGAGUGCGACAUGGAAACGGGACAGUGCAGAUGCAGAGCUGGAUCGACGGGACGGGAUUGCUCCGAAUGCACGGCGUAUCGACACGUUUAUAUAAACAACGUUUGCACGUCCUGCAACGACAAUUGUACUGGUGUACUGCUCGACACCGUGGCGGUACUAACACAAGAAUUGGCAGAAGGCACCACUCAUAUAGCCGAUGGUUAUAUUCCCCCGCCGUGGGAAGAUCUAUCGUACAUCGAUUCCAAUGCUACUGCGUUUUUCGAAGAAAUAGACAUCCAAAAUCGUUUGAAACAGAGAAUGAAAAAUAUCCCGUGGCACGACUACAGAAAGCUCUUAAAACACGUUGAAACGCUAUUUAGAACCGCAAAUGACGAAGCUAAGCAAGCAGAUACUUUAAAAUCGAAAAGCGCUGACUUGAAGAAUAAUAUAUUCAGCGCAAAUAUCGAACUAGAAAAUUUAAGAAAAUACAUCAAUGAGACCGUUUUGCAACUGACACAGUAUAGUAACGACAAUAAGAGGAUAGAAAUUAAGAAGGCAUUGAAAAUGGCGAAAAUGAUCCUAAAUAGCCUGAAGUCUGUGAAUCUAACAAGAAAGACAAUGGAAAUAGAAAACUUCCUUGAGGAUGUUGCGGAAUAUACUGAGUGGCUGAAUUCCUUAUACGAUGCAACGGAACCCUUAGCAAUCGCUCAGGACGAUGUAGAGGACUACUCGUUGAAAGUGAAUGACAUGAGAACUGUCAUUGAAGACACGAUGGAAACAUUAUUUACCUAUGACGGUUUAUACAACGGUAUUAACCAGACCCUUGGAGAAGCGAGAAAUCAUUGCGGUGAGAUUAAUGUUCUAAAGAAUGAAAUGAACGAAUCCAUUACCGAAGGUGAAAAAUUGAGGGAUGAAACAAGCGGAUUCAUUGUUGAUAUUCAGAACAAUUUACAGGACCUCCCAGAAUUGCAAAGCAAAUUGACAUACUGGUUUGAUAAAGUAACUAUGAAGGAAGAGUUGCUCUACAGAUUAAAUUACGAAUAUAAUGACAAAUAUGUGGUGCCAGCCGUUCAGCAUGCCAAGAAUCUGUCAAACUAUGUUGAUCAGUAUGUUAGUCUGUUUUCCGAGACAAGAAACAUCGCAGCUAGCCCGCUGAAGGCCAGUCAAGCGUACAAGAAUAUCGUCGACAGCAUUGAAAUGGCGAAUAUCACGGCAAUGGCAGCUAAACAGCUUACCGAAGAUACGUACCAAAAGACGUUUCCCAAUGGUCCCAACGGGAAAUCGCUGUUAGACAGUACAGAAGAAGUAUCGAUUGGGUCGUCGAAACAGUGGGAGAGUGCCAAAAAACAUAGGAUGAUGGUAGAAGAUGCGAAUGACCAGUUGGACGUUCAAAAGCAAGCGGUGACAAUUUUAAAGAAUACUUUGAACACUACUGGGAUCAGGGACAAUCAAGUGAACCUGAAGUUGCAGAAUUUACAAGAUGACAGUAAAAAGCUGCGGGAAAAUAUUCAGAAUUUACUGAACGAUAACGAUAAAGUGUUAGAAGCCACGAAGGUCACGCGGAAGCUCAUCGAGGAUUACAACGAUGGGAUUUCGGACAGAUUGAAACCAAAAUUGUACGAAUUGAAGAGGGAGGGUGACUCGAAAAUUAGUUUAGCCAGCGAAAAAUUGACAGAGGCGCUGAGUAACAUAAAAAAAGCGGACGCUAAAUUGAUAAGCUUGUCGAACGCGGCCGUGAAGAGGAAAAAUGAGUUUAACAAGUGGAACGACACCUUAGCCACGAAGUUGCAGAAUCUCAAGGACAAAAUUGCUGAGGCUCGAAACACCGCUGACGGGAUUCGAGUCUCUUUAAAAUCAGCCGAUAAAAAAGAAUGCAUUCGAUCGUACAGACCAUCUACGUUGCAACCGACAACAACCAACACGAUUAUAAUGACUUUUGCGCUCCCUAGUGGGUCGAAAGAAGGCUCUCUAUUGUACUUACCAAGUAGUAUAAACGAUGAUUUUAUCGCGUUGGAGAUCAUUGAUAGAAGAGUGAGAUUUGUAUGGAACGUUGGCGGAGGUACGGGAAUUCUAACUCACCCUGAAAUGAUCGAGAGUGGCGAUCUUCAAGACGAUAAAUCGUGGUACCGUGUAGAAGCUGAAAGAGUCCGGCACAUAGGCAAACUGUACGUACAGAAGCAGACAUCGACAUUCGGUAAAAAUCUGCCUGUGACGAAUUCAACAGACUCGGAAUACGGUCGAUUCGACAUCACACCAUCGGAUCGUGUCUGGAUCGGAGGAAUUCCUCGAUCUCAGAGACGGCGAGCGGAACUAAAGGCGAUGAACGGACUUCCGGGUUGCGUGUACCAAGUGAUUUUGGACGGAAAACCUAUUGGUCUUUGGAAUUUCAUCACAACCGCGCCGGAUAUGGCUUGUCAAGCUUGUGUAGAAGGGGUGGAAGACGCCAGAGACGACGUAGCUUACAGUUUCAAUGGAGAAGGUUACGCAGUCAGGAGCAGAGUCUCAUCAGGGCCGUACAACAAAUACACGUUUGGUGUCUCGAUUAACUUCCGGACAUACGACGAGAACGCUUUACUGUUCUUGGCUAUUAAUCCAGAUAACAAUCAGCAUAUCAUGAUAUUCCUGCGAGAAGGAAAAGUGAUCCUGCACGUCGGAUACGGCGGCAACGCCAGCAUGGAGAUGUCCUCGAAACACAAGUACAAUACCGGAAAUUGGACGAAAAUGGACGCGUUUAGACAAUACCAGCUACGAAAAAAUAUCGAGAAAUGUAGCUUGAGCGUCGGUGGUGAGGCCGACAAAAGAAUCGGGGCGCCCACGCCUCAGCCCAAGAAAGAAGACAUUCCUGAUUUCUCGCAGGCAAAAUAUUACAUCGGCGGUGUACCGCCGAGUUUCCGAGCGGAGAAGUUAAUGCUACCCUCCCAAGUUUCUUUCCUCGGCUGCAUGUCCAAUAUUAAUGUUCAGGAGGGCUACGAUCCAAUGGCGGAACAGUAUUACGGCGUUGAACCUACUUGUGGCAGUAAACCGUUAAAAAUAGUAGGAUUCUACGGUAAUGGGUACUUACAGCAUUCAGCGUACACCUUGAGCAAAAGAUACUCUGUGAUGGGCUUUUCCUUCAGGACAUUACAGAAAGAUGCUGUACUUCUUCUUUCCACGUUUGAAGGACAAAAGGAACGGUUAAAUAAUAUACGACACACAAACGAAGAAUCAAAUAGAGACAAUUAUUAUUCAGUGUGCAUAAUCAAUGGUCAAGUACAAGUUCGAUUGAAUGCUGGAAAAGGAGAGCUCGUUUUGCAAUCGAACGACACAUUCAACGAUGGCAGAUACCAUUCAGUAACAAUCAUUAAAAAAAGAAAAGAUGUUGAGUUAAGAAUAGACGAUGCUUACCAGACCACAGGCAGAUUACCAACGAGCAUAGCCAUCAGAGCACCCGAAGGAACUGGUGGAUUGUUCUUCGGAGGUUUACCAGUACAUGUUAACAAUACCAAAAUGAUCGCCACGAACGUCCCCCUAUACGGUGCCAUCAAAGACGCCAUAUUCACGAGCCACACUGAUGUUAUAGACGAAAUUAUUCGAUUCGACGAAAUUGUCAGUUUCGAGCACGCGCUCAUUGGCCGUCCAGGGCCAAGCAUGGGAAAGGAUCCACCAACUUACACACCGUCUGCCUCGUUGUCAAGAGGAAUGUCUACGCAACCAGAAGGCUGCCAGAAAGUUCCGUACUACUCGUUGGAACCUGGCGCUCUGAAAUUCGGUGACAAACCGAACAGCCAUACUCAGCUUUAUCUGAAUUUUAAGAAAUUCUGGGAGAAGAAAUACGCGAUAGAAUUUGACUUCAGGACGUAUUAUCCGAACGGCCUACUAUUUAUUACACCGGGCCUCAGACCAAAGCAUUAUCUUAUGAUAGUGAUCCGAGAUGGUCAGCUUUUGCUCCUAGUAAAGAGCAAACAGAAGAGAGAGAUAUUGUUCAAAACCCCGUUCAAUGACGGUAAUUGGCAUCACGUCGUGAUCAGUCACGACGAGAGAAAAUUAACGUUACUCGUCGACACCCAAACACCACGAAGGAUCAAAGUGCCGAGAAAGAUUGGAUUGGCCUCUUUGAUGUACAUUGGUGGUCUCCCCGAAAGUGGGACACCUAUACCGGAACAAGUUGUGGUUAAGCUUGAAACGCUAAAGGGUUGCAUCAGAGGUUUAAGGGUGAACGGAAACGUGUACGACAUGGUCGGUUCGACGAGCAGAGCAUACCAAGUGGGCCAAUGCUUUCCGAACGUUGAAAGCGGAGCCUAUUUCCAAGACGACGCGUACGCCAUAUACAAGAGAAACUUCGAAUUAGGUGCUGUGUUGGAACUUCAACUGGAAUUUAGAACAUCAGAAUUAUCCGGUGUUUUACUUUCCAUAACAGCAUCAGGCAAUACGCCUUCACUGUCGUUGGAACUGAAUAAUGGUAAGGUGAUCAUGUCUGGUGAUCUGGGGGACAACAACCCAUUGUACGUCGAGCAACCAUUCUCAAAUCCAUACACGAUUUGCGACAACCGAUGGCACAGAAUCCAGGCGGUUUAUAACGAUGAGGAAUUAGCACUGAAAGUAGACGAGAUGGAUCAAAAAUAUGGUCUACCAGCCAAUAUCAAUGAGCAUAUCAUGGACAAUCCAGUCUCUGGACCUUUAUAUAUUGGUGGCUUGCCAGCCUCAGCUCCCAAGGGAACAUUAAUAACUACGGAUCACUUCAAUGGAUGCAUAAGAAAUGUAAUGAUAGGCGGGGAAAGACGGGAUUGGACAGACAUGGACGAGCUGCAUAAUAUUCACUUGAGCUCCUGCCCAGUACAAUAA